CAGAAAGUGACUUCCGCUCGUCUUUCCGUGCGGCGCUUUCGGUCUGUCGGAGCUUGGCUGUUCUCGACCCGCGGCGAGGCCGGCGCACCGCAGCCAUGACAGAGGCUGAUGUGAACCCGAAGGCCUAUCCCCUCGCAGAUGCCCACCUCACCAAGAAGCUGCUGGACCUUGUUCAGCAGUCGUGCAACUACAAGCAGCUUCGGAAAGGAGCCAACGAGGCCACCAAAACCCUCAACAGAGGCAUCUCUGAGUUCAUCGUGAUGGCAGCAGACGCUGAGCCCUUGGAGAUCAUCCUGCACCUCCCACUGCUGUGUGAAGACAAGAAUGUCCCCUAUGUAUUUGUGCGCUCCAAGCAGGCCCUAGGACGGGCCUGUGGGGUCUCCAGACCUGUCAUCGCCUGUUCUGUUACCAUCAAAGAAGGCUCUCAGCUAAAGCAGCAGAUCCAGUCCAUCCAGCAGUCUAUCGAAAGGCUCCUGGUGUAGGCCUGUGGCUCUGCCCUUCCUGUCCGCUCCCACCCUACUCUGUAUCAUACCGUCUGUUAGCAUGUAGUGUCUUCAGCCAGUUUCUAUUAUAAAUAUUGUACUACA